AUGUCGGAAAGUAAAGCAAAGAUGCCUAAGUACAAACAUUUCUACAAGAAUAAGCAAACUUCAUUGUCCAUAAUCAAUCUGAAGAAGCAGAAUGCCUAUCUGGAGAAGACACUGAAUGAACUGUCACAUCACCAUUCUGAACUUUUUAAAUUAGUAGAGAGAUUGCUCUCUCUUGAAGCAGUAAGGUUGGAGAGCUCUCAGCAACUGAAGGACAAAAACACUACCAUGGCUUUAUUGUCAGACCAGCUAAGUAACAAAAGAAGGAAACUGGCAGAUGUUCUGACAAAAGAGAGACUAUCAAGUUUCUUCAGAGAGGUUGAAGAAAUGAAGGACAAGCUUGUGUGCAUCUCAUCUAGGUGUCAGCAGCUUACCAACAAAGUUGAAGAGGCAAAGGAAUCCAAUGCUGAUGUACAGGGCUCUGAAACCAAUAUAAUAGAGCUCCAAAAGAAGCUUGAUGAUGCCUUGGAGAAGAACAAGCAGUGGCUGGAUUAUGACCAGCAGAGAGAGGCCUAUGUGAGGGCGAUUCUGGCCAGAAUGUUGUGGCUGGAGAAGCAGCUGAAGGAAGCCAACUGGGCCUGCUCACAGCAGCACAAUGCCAACCAUUCAGAUGAAAAGAGGAAAAUAAAACAGGUGACGGAGUACUUUGAAGGACUUCUACAGAGAGCCAACGAUGAACUGGACCUGAUGAAAGAGCAAGUCAGCGUGACCCAACAAGCCCUGACUGAAGCCCAAAAAGAGUGUAAGGAAAAGCAGAACAAGGUGGAGGAGGUUGAGCAGCAGCUGCAGAUUGAGUUGAACAGCAGAAAGCCGGAUCAAUUCUCAGACAAUGAAGAACAAUGGCUGAAAGGUGAGGCUAAAGAUCUCCAGGGCAGACUGAACAAGGAGAAGCGCAGAUCAGCUGCACUGGAGCUGCAGACUAGUCUUCUCCAGAGGUUUAUGGUAAAUCAUCACGAGAAGACCCAGGAGAAUAUUGGAGUUUUGGAGCGCACGAUUGAGAUUUCUUCACAAGAUCUUCAAGAUGAGAAGCAGAAUAGUUCAUAUUUGAAGAAGCAGUUGUUCAGAGCUCUGAAGAAGCUGCAAUAUAAAGGGAAGUAUAGAACAACCAGAUCCAGUGACCAGGUAGAUCAUCAGGAUCACAGUUCAUGUGUGGCUGCACUUGCACCCACCCAGCCCUGGAGAAACAUCCUGCCUCCCUCCCCUCAUAGCAACCUGCUGGACGACAGUGUCCUGGAGUGUCCUGGUUGCAGAUCCGUGUAUCCUGCAAGUCAGUACAAGGAUCUGCUGGACCACAUAGACUGGUGUCUUGACUGAGCCCAGUGUGGAGAUUCUUCCACUUUCAGCCUUUUGUUUUGUACUUUGUUUGGAGCCACACUGUGUGACCAGAGUCUCUGUGAUAGCAAAUACAGGAGCCGCG